ACUAUUCUCUUAUUGUUUGUUAGGCUGCUCUACUGCCACGUGGGGCUUACUUACCACUGCGUUUCACGACUGUACUUACUGAUAACCGUGAUUAUGGUGCGGAUGACAUAUAUUUGUGGAUUCCAUACAGUUUCUAUUUACUUUCAUACCCCUCAUUUUACUCUCCCUACGCCUUCCUCGUCACUCCUCCUCCCCCCCCCCACACGCGCACGCUACUAUCGGAAACAGAAAUCGAUGGUGGAUAAAGCGUUCUUGUUCGACGUGGCCAGUAAAAUUUAUCUGGCCACGGACUCCAGCGGUGUGGACAUGCAGACGUAUGAGUUGUGUUGCGAUAUGAUCGACGUAGUCGUGGAUAUGGCUGCAAUCUACGAACAAUCUAAUUAUAUAUAUAUAUAUAUAUAUAUAUAUAUAUAUAUUUCACGCUUGUCUGAGGACAGACUGUGUGCCAGGAAAAUCAUGGUACAAUAA